CUCCGCAGUAAUACCAUAACAAGCUGCUGCUGUUUCCGUUUCCCCAGAAUGAUGGCAGGCUGUAAAACCUUUCCCAUUCUCUGUCUCCAGCUCUAUCUACACACCAGGUCUAUGCUGAGAACCUGCAGAAGGAUGGCCAGUGCUGCCAAUCAGCACAGAGUAAAAUCCCAAAUGUAUGCUGUGGAAUCUGUCUGUAAUUCUCCCUUCUAUUUCACUUUAAAGGACAAUGUAAGCCCGGUGUCCUCUGGGACCUCCAAUGUCUGGCCAUUCCUAGCACAAGGGGGGUAUGCUCAUUCAUUGUGUGUGACUACCAGCCAUCGGGUGCAAGCAGCAAGGCUACAGAAGUCUAUGGGAAAAGAACUGACUGCCAUGGCGCCUGGGAUUCAGGUUGUAAAACUCCUCUCGUACUUUCCUGAUAACCUUCAUGGGUCUCUGCAGAGAGGGUUCCUAAUUCUGGAUCCACAGCAUCACCGUGACUUACAGAAUAAAUUGGAGGGUCUACUCAGAGAGAACCAGCAGGACAUCCAGCUGUGCACCUAUACAGGAGAAGAGGGCCGGGUCUGGCAGAGCCGCUGGGAAGUCAAUGGACAAGUGAAGGAGGUGGACAGGUCAGAGGUAAUGGCAGUGAAUGGCCCAAUGCCAUCUCCAUUUGUGGAAAUUCUCAGAGAUUCUGCUGUGUAUUCCUCCCUGCAAGAUGUACUGUCUGUGCUGCAUGAGAGCGCCAAAGUGAUCCCAGAAGCCGGAAAUCUUUUAAAAUUUAUGGAUUUGGGUACCAUUCCAGAAAAAGGAUCCCAUCCUGUCAUUGUAAUAGAAGGGCUUGAUGCUACAGGAAAAUCCACUUUGACAGAAUCGUUGAAACAGCAUCUGAAAGCAGCACUACUUAGAUCACCACCAGAUUCCAUUAGUCGGUGGAGGAAAACCUUUGAUGACGAGACGUCACUCAUAAAAAGAGCAUACUAUGCAUUAAGUAACUAUGUUGCAGCAGUGGACAUCGCAAAAGCAUCUGAAGUGUCUCCAGUGAUUGUAGACAGGUUUUGGCACAGCACAGCUGCCUAUGCUAUAGCCACAGAAAUCGGAGGUAACAUUCAGAAUCUGCCAGACCACCACCAUGUUGUUUACCAAUGGCCAGAAGAUCUUCUUAAACCCGACCUCGUAAUUUUGUUGACUGUCAGUGAUGAGGAGCGGAUCCGUCGUAUUCGCAAGAGGGGACUUCAGGAAACACAGGAAGAAAAAGAGCUUGAGGCCAAUAGUAUGUUCCGUCAUAAAGUUGAAGAAGCAUACAGAAGAAUGGAGGAUCCAGUAUGUGUAGUUAUUGAUGCCAGUGCUUCAAGGGAAGCUGUGUUAAAAAACACUUUAUCCAUUAUAAAGAGACACUGCAAUAUCUAGGUAUGCCUUUCUAAAGGAUAAACCAGGAUUCUGUGAAGAUGCCUAAACACCCGAUCUAAAGAAGUCUAUAAUACCAAUAUGACAUUCAAUGCAAAUGUUCUUCAGCUGUUAUUUAUCAUGCUGGCUUUCAAUAUGGCCAUCUCCAAUGUGUGUAGAUGACAGGUACCCAUAACAGAAAUGUAGGGCCAGAUUCAGAAAGCUUUUACGCCGGCGUAUCUAUUGAUACGUCACGUAAGUUAAAAGAUGCGCCG